GUUUGAUCCUAUUUUUAUCAACCUAAAGAUAAAGCCAGAAUGGUACACAAAUACUGUGCCUUCAGGCAAAGUACCUGCAUUGUUGGUGGAUGGCCAGAUUGUCUCCGAUAGUCUAAUUAUCGCAGAUUACCUGGACGAGAGUCACUCUCAGAGACCACUCCAUAGUAAGGAUCCCUUGCAGAAGGCCAAGGAUAGAAUCAUAAUAGAGAACUUCGGCAAGGUAACAGGGCCUUUCUACAAGGUAAUGACUGGUGUCAAUGCCUCCGUUGAAGAGUAUGAACAUGUUGUGAAAGAGUUAAUACCUUUUGACAAUGAACUGGCUGCAAGAGGAACAUCUUUCUUUGGAGGUGAUAAACCAGGCAUGGUUGACUAUGUGAUCUGGCCUUGGUUUGAAAGAAUCCAAAUGUUCAAGAUCCUUCAUGGGGACCAAUUUGUUUUCCCUGCUCAAAGGCUACCAAACUUAGCCCAGUGGAUUUCAAGAAUGACUGCAGAUGAUGCUGUUCAGCAGUACUACCUGUCCCCAGAGAAACAUGCGAGCUUCAUGAAAACCCAACAGUCUGGCAACCCUGACUAUGAUAUACUGACUCGUGAAUAAGGUGGACCUAACUUUUAUUUUGUGUUCUCUUCACUAUGGCAAAAUAUUUUAAUGCAAUGAAAUAAUUUUAAAUAAUAGAAAUGCCGUUUAAAAAAUGUUAAGGUUUUAACAUGUUCAUGAUGACAUGUACCCAUUGGAUACAUGGGAUCUUUCACAACUGCUAUUGUGUACUCGAUAUUCCUAAUAUACUGGCCUAAUAGGUACACGUUGCUAAGCAUAUAUUGCGUUUUUAUUGUUUGCCUGCCUUAGUAGUUUGUUAAAUUUGAUCCCGCACAUGAAUAAAUACCUCAGACUAUCUUGUACCCUGUCAAGUGCUCGAUUGCUUAACUUUUAUGGUAAACUAAUAUUUUUAGGUACCCCUUGGGGUACACAGAGAAAAAUUGAAAAAAAAAACAUAUUGAAAUAUUUGUGUUUGUGCAAAAUUGCGAAGCCUACAUACCAUUCUCAUUGUACUUAGAAGUUUGAUAUAAAAAAUCGAUUACAGUUUUUUGUCAUUAUUAUUGAAAAUUUGACAGGAAAAAAAAGGCCAGGAAAAAGCCAUUGUCGUGAACGUGUUAAGUCUCUUAUGCCACUCUUUAUACAGUUGUUGAAUAUAAGAUGAGCAUUUGUUGGUGAAGUGUCACACAGAUUUUAGCUUUCUUGCUGAGUAUGACAUAACCCUCUAUAAGAUACAUAAAAAGAACCUAAACAUAGUAUUAUAAAUCUCUUUAGUCAGGGAUUGUUGCUGAUAGUUUGUAUAAUAGUUAACAAAUUUUAAUUUUCACACAAAUAUUUGUUUUGUAGUUUAUGAGUAGGCACAUGUUAAAAACAAUUAUUUAACAUUUUAGCAUACAUGAAAAUGUUUCAAUUUAUUUUCUUAUAUAAGAAUAUUUUGAUGAAUAAAAUUAUUAUUAGGUGUUUGCCUCUAUCAAAGUUUAAAGUGACACAUAAUAUCUAAUAAAAAUCACAUAUUAUUUCAAGCAUAUCAAGUUCAACAUCAAAUUUCAUGUCAUUCAUGAUUAGGAAACUAGACAUAACAUCAGAUUAUGAAGAUUUCUAGAUUAAGCAAAAAAUCGGAAAACGUAUUAUACCAAUACAUUUUAAAACAUUUAUUUUAAAAAUUAAAAUAUACAAAUGUAUUCUAAAAAUUUAAAGCUUUACUAGUAAAAAUGAUAACAUAUUUGUACUAUAUGUACAAUGUUGCUAUUACCUUUCACUCUAUUUACACAAUAAUGAACAAGCAAGUCUAUAAGAGUCACAAACUGCAGCAAAAGAAUCUUUACUUCAAUCCUAAUUGAAUGCCCUUGCACACUCUUGAUAUUAUCUGUGCAAGAUUCCACAAACAACAAUCUGAAGUGAUGAAAAAUGUUUUUAUAUGUAACUGAUAAAUUUGGAUGAACUAUUUAGGGUAAUCCCCUCCAAGUGCUGUGACUUCAGGAUGCAGCCAUAAAGGUAAAAUAGGGUCAAAUAACUUUGGAAGUUUUAAUUAUUGUUUGUAACACAUGCCUAGGGGAAAAUUAGUAAGUUAUUUUGGUUUUAAUAUUGGUAAUUGUAAAAAAAGACAUUAUGAUCACAUUAUAAGUUAAUGAUGUAUUGAAUGCAAUCAUUCUAACAAAGAAUGUUUUAUUGAUCACUUAUUUAAGAACAAGUUGUGAAGUAAUUGCAGCAAUUUUGUGUACUUACAUUAGUGAUUGUACUUAAUUGUAGAUUGAUUAGUUAACUUAUAGUUUUAAAACUGGAAUCAAAUAUGGGUACUAUUGGAAAACAAAAUCUUACAUGUAGGCAUAAGAGUUUUAGUAAAACAAACUUGUUCCUGUUAUUUUAUACUCAUGAAGAAUGUCACUCGCUUAAAUAUUUAUCAUGAUACUCAUCUGAUCCGUAUAUUUUAUUUAACAUAAAGAGUUAUAUCUUCCCUGUACACAUUUUUAAAAUGGAAAAAGUGAUAGCUAUUAUGAAUUAUUUGUAAUGAUUAAAAUGUUUUAGUAUUGUAAGUAAUUUAAUACAAAAAAAUAAUUGUGCUAUAAUCAACAUUACAAAAUGUAAGUAAUUUGAAUCUAUUCUUAAUUAUUUUUAACAACUAUAAUAUUUUAGUAUUGUAAUUUAAUAGACAAAUUCAAUUGUGCAAUAAUCAACAUAAUAUUAUUAUAGUAAUUUUGCUGUGGUAAACUGAAGUGCAAUGUAGAAAAAAGUAAAAAGUGUAAUAAUUAAUGAACAUUGCUAUAACAUUAUUAUUUAAUUAAAUAAUUUUUGUUUAUAUUAUUAUUAAAUAAUUUUAGUGUCACAUAUCGAUAUUGUUUAAUGUGUUGUAUCCUAAAAUAUACUGUAGGUCCAUGAAUCCAUGAAUUUAAGUUUUCAGUAAGGACUAACUGAUAGGUUUAAACUCCCUUUGUGUUCAAAGUUUAUUGUAGAUUUCUUAUGGUUGAAGUAUCCUAAUGUCAUAAUUUGUAAUACUCAGUGAUGAUCUAAGUCAUAUGUCCCUUAAUACUUGCCUUUAGAGAAUGGUAUAUUUCUGUGAUGUGCUGUAGACUCUAGAUAAGUAUAAUAGUUAUAACACUCUCUUAAGUGUAUUUUAGUGACACAUUUUAAAAUGUUACAUAUGUAGAGGUUCAUUGUAUCUUAUUUUAAACUAGCAAUAUAAAAAUGUUAAGCAUAAGAAAUGUUCAUUACUAAACUUAAAAACUUAUGGUAUUAGUUUUUUUUAUUAUAAAAUAUAUUUUCUUAAUUUGUUAUUCUUUGUCAUUUUCUUUUAAGUUUUUCCUGAUAGAGAUAUUCCUAAUAUACCGGCGUUCAUUGUGUAGUUCUGGCAAGUUAGUAGAGACAGAAUAUAACAAUAUAAGCAGUUA